UUUAAAGAUGGGUAUUGUGAAAUUCUUGAUAUAAAUGAUAUUACAAACAGUAUUUACUAUGAAAGUGAUAAUUUGAUAGGACCGAAACAGAAUGGAAAAACUGUUGCCUUCAUAGCUGGAAGGUACCUUUUAGUUGGGAAAAAGGACGAUGAUGCAAAAGCUGAAGAUACCAGGUAUUCUGUUGUUACCUUAUGGAGCACUUUAGAUUCUCAACCAGGAGGGAUUUUCUCAAGAUUAGCAGAAGGAUCAGAGGCCAUCAUUCAAAGCACAGUGAGAGAUGUAGAGUUUAUUGAUGGAUUCCAGAGAGUUUCGCCCUCAGAUUCGUAUUUAUUUCUCAACACAAAGACUGACGAUGAGAGGAAAGUGCUCGUCCUGAGGAUGGACAGCUCUAAAGAGAAAAAGUCAGAAAUCAUCAAAUCCCUGCAGGCUUCAACGAUACGAUGCUGCAGUGAUAAAGUUCGUCCAGUGCUCGUCGCCAGCACCGUUAUUCCCUCAGUGAACGAUGUUAUUUGGGCAGGUGUGUUCAGUUCACAGAAUCAGGAGGAUCCGGAGAACAGCGCGCUGGCUCUGUACGACAUCAGUAACGUUCGAGGCCAGGUCAAGGGUUUCUGCGCUUACGGUGAAAAGUUAUGUGGUUCUGAGGUUUGAAAUUGCAUUCUACACAUUUUUUAAUAAAAUGACUGAGAACCGUAUUUCACCUUAUUGAUGUUGCAUGAUAAACAUAGUUGUACUAUUCACUAAAGUCAUCUAAAGUUAAUGUUGUUUGUGUUUCAGAGUGGUAGUGGACUUCAGCCGCUCUCUGUGGUGUUCAGGUACAGCUCAAUGUCAGCAGUGGCAGCAACGAGGAUUGAAUCCUGGAUUGUGCUGUUCAUAGGAACCAGUGAUGGACAACUCAUUAAGUUGAUGUUGGAUGAGAAAUAUACACCAGGCUGUCCAAUAAUGCUGUACAAAUCUAAUGAUGAACGAGCAGUGCUUCCCAGAAUGCACUUUGAUCCAGUAGAUUUCAAACACAUCUACAUUGCUCUGAAGAAACAGUUAAGAAGAGUGUCGGUGGUUCCGUGUGCUAAAUAUAGCACUCUGAAAGACUGCAGAGCUGCUCUAGAUCCUUUCUGCGGCUCGUGUGUGAACACAUUGAGGUCAGAUCAACAUCUGUUGCAAUAA